CACGAGGAUCCCAAGUUCCCAGCACAAACCGAAGGGGGAGGAGAACCUCGAGCAGCGCAGCCAUGGCGAAGCAGGGGGCGAAGAAGAUGAAGGACGAGAACAGGAAGUGGUUGGAUUUGCUCAUGUGCAUCAUCCUCAUAUCCAACGCUAUUUACAUAGUGGUGAGGAUGGCUAUAAUGCAUUCAUCCUUCACCUGGAAGCAUUGGAUUGGACUUAUGUUAACAUCUGCUGCAUAUUUUCUUCCAUACAAGCAACUUGCCAGUAUGGCCAAGCCAGUUUACUCUGAUAAUGGAGAACUACUGGACGGUGGCUUCGACUUGAGCACUGGUGGGAUUUGCGAGUAUCUGUAUGAUGUGAUCUAUAUCACUGUCUUCGUGCAGCUGAUGUCCCUUAUUUCUGAGAAAUUUUGGUGGACAUAUUUAGUGAUUCCAGCUUUUGCUGGACACAAGAUAUCCGGUCUGUUGAGAGGAGCAUUUUCCAGCGGUGGUUCAGAGGGUGAAGUUGAAGAUGAGAAGACCCGAAAGAGAAGGGAGAAAAUGGAGAAGAAGGCAUCUAGGGGAAAGAUGAUCAAAACUAGGACUCGUUGAUAUACCAGCUAGGGCGCCCGUUGCUGGAAGGUUAGAUGGUUUAUCAU